AUGCACCUCCGGAUCACAACUCUCCUCACAUCGCUUCUCUAUGCGACGGGGACUCUUGCAACCCAAGACCCCAACGAUGUGUCCGUCUUGAUUAAAGAGGCCGCGCGUGCUAAUAACGAGUCGCUGCUAUGGGGUCCCUACAAGCCAAACUUGUAUUUCGGCGUGCGUCCCCGAAUUGCAAACAGUCUUGCUGCGGGAUUGAUGUGGGCAAAGGUGGAUAACUUUGCUACCGCACAAGGAAACUUCCGACACACUUGCGAGCAAAAUGAAGGGAUGGCUGGGUACGGAUGGGACGAGUACGAUAUCCGCAAGGGAGGACACCAGACUAUUCACGAUGCUGGAAAUAACUUGGACCUUACUAUCGACUUUGUCAAAGUCCCCGGUGGCCAGAAUGGUGGCAGCUGGGGAUUCCGGGUGAAGGGCACUCCACGUGAAGACGGUGAACCGGACCAGCCUAUCUCGAUGCUGUUCUAUACUACUCUGGAGGGAUUAGGUCAACUGGGCGUGGACAUGGAUAGCGUGGGCGAUGCUCCUGCGCUCGAGGGCGACGUCAGGUUGAAUGGUUUCUCUUCCGAGCUUGGAGACUUCUCUAUUGAUGUUACCACUGGCCCAGAUACCAAUGAUUAUUUCGAGCAUAACCACCCGAGCUAUGAGGCGAAGCCUUUGGGCAAGGGUAUUGUGUCUAGUCAGACCGUGCGUCAGGAGGACCUUUGGCAGACUAAGGGACUUAUGUUCUUGCAAAUGAAAGAGGAGAUUGAACCGACCAUCAAGGAAUAUGGAACGGACAAUCCCCCACCUCCUGCUCAGCUGUUUACUGUUAAGCAUCAACCCGGCGAUGGAAACGUUCAUUUUGUCCAGAAGGUUUUCACGGGUCCUUUCGAGUUCGAUGUUCUUUUCUCAUCUGGCUCUGCUGGUGAGCCCCUCACAUCGGAGACGAUUACCAAGGAAAUCAAGGAAUCCUCGCUAUCUUUCUCCGAGAGAUUCAAGCAGGUGCUAGCACCGCAGGUCCCCUUCGACUCGGCCAAGUACUUGGAAUUUUCCAAGGCCAUGCUUUCCAAUCUGGUCGGCGGCAUUGGCUUCUUCCACGGCGACAGUGUCGUCGAUCGGUCCGCGCACCCUGCCUAUGAGGAGGAGAACGAGGGCUUCUGGGAGGAAACUGCAGAGGCUCGCGCAAUGGCCAAGCCUGUCAUCGAGGCCCCCAAGGAUCUCUUCACCUGUGUGCCCUCUCGUCCAUUCUUUCCUAGAGGUUUCCUCUGGGACGAAGGCUUCCACCUGUUGCCCGUAAUGGAAUACGAUUCUGACCUUGCCCUUGAAAUUAUUAAGAGCUGGUUCCACCUGAUGGAUGACGAGGGAUGGAUUGCCCGCGAACAAAUUCUCGGCAUGGAAGCUCGCAGCAAGGUGCCACCUGAGUUCACUGUACAGUACCCCCAUUACGCCAACCCGCCGACUCUCUUCAUGGCCCUAGAAGCGUUCAUGGACAAGGCACUGGGCAACAAGAGCCUCCAGUCCGAGAGUCUCGAUACGAGCGAUGUCGCUGAAAGCCUCCGGACUGCAACUCUGCGCAACCCCGAGCUGGCCGAUGCCUACCUUCGUUCCUUCUACCCCCUGAUGAAGAGACAUUACAACUGGUUCCGUAACACUCAGCGUGGAGACAUCAAGAGCUACGAUCGUGAGGCAUAUUCCACCAAGGAAGCCUACCGCUGGCGCGGACGUUCCGUUCAGCACAUUCUGACCUCCGGUAUUGAUGACUACCCUCGUCCUCAGCCACCGCACCCCGGUGAGCUGCACGUAGAUCUAAUCAGCUGGAUGGGCAUGAUGACCCGCACAUUGCGCCGCAUUGCAGAGACGCUGGGUGAGCAGGAGGAUGCCGAGGAAUUUGCGUACCACGAGAAUGCCAUCUCGCGCAACAUUGAUGAUUUGCACUGGAACGAAAAGGAGCAGACUUUCUGCGAUGCUACCAUUGAUGAGUUCGAGGAGAGCGUGCAUGUCUGCCACAAGGGUUAUAUCUCCAUCUUCCCGUUCCUGACGGGUAUGGUUGGUCCUGAGAGUCCCCGCCUGAAGGCUAUCUUGGACCUGAUCAAUGAUCCCGAGGAGUUGUGGAGUGACUAUGGUAUUCGCAGCUUGAGCAAAAAGGAUAAGCUCUACGGCACAGAAGAAAAUUACUGGCGCAGCCCUAUCUGGGUUCCUAUCAACUACUUGACAGUGAAGAGUCUUUAUGCUAUCGCAACCACUGAUGGUCCCCACCAGGAACAGGCCCGUGAGAUGUAUUCCAACCUGCGCAAGAACCUGGUGGAGAAUGUGUUCCGUGAGUGGGAGAAAACAGGAUUUGCCUGGGAGCAGUACAACCCGGAGAGCGGCGCUGGCCAGCGGACACAGCACUUUACCGGCUGGACCAGUAUGGUGGUGAACAUUAUGUCCAUGCCAGAUCUGGUCGUGUCGGCCAAAGCCCAUCACGAUGAGCUAUAG